GCUUUUGAGGACGUGUUUACAAGGGCCGGAUCAUUCUGAACGGUUAUCUUUAUACGCAACAUGCGGGCCAGCACACAGGACUCUCGUCGCUCUCGGGCUGCCAGGCUCAACCCUUGCCGCAUUACUACUGAGUGGCAAUGGGUUCUCUUUUAUCUUUUGCUCUUUUCGUUUUCACGGUUAAUACACAUUAUCGACUGGCAACAGCAUGGCAUCCGUCUAGACGGGUGGCCGCAAGGGAAAUGGGAGGGAAGAAUGCAUGGACGACUCGAAACGACGGAUACCCCUCUUGUGUUUACUCGAUUACCCCCUUCUCCUUGUUGUUUAUGAGUUUUUUUCUUUUUUUUUCUUCUUUCACUUCGUGUUACAAUUCUUUGUCGGGAUGGGGCCUUUUGCUUUGUGUUCCUCAGCGACGGAGAUUGUGGAAAAGGGCAAACGGUCUGGCUACCAACGGCUUUUUUUUUAUUCUAUGAUACUUGCUUCAGCAGGGAGUUGAAACGAAGAGAAAAGAAAACCCCAAAAUGAGCAGCCGCCAGCAAUCGGCGUGCUGAGAGUUGACAUUAUGGGAUAAGAGAAUGAUUGAAGAUGAUGUUUACGCUUUUAUAUUUUACCUACCUUUUCGCCACUUCGACUAUGCCUUGUUGUA